UCAUCUUAUUGUCUAAUUUUGACACAAAUGGCAAGCCAUAUAUCUAAGCAACGCACUCUCAGUAACUACGGCAUUUAUUCUCUGUGUGACGAUCUGAUAUUAGCUUGAGAUUGUAAUUCUGCAAUCCGAAAUGGCUUUUUGGUACAUCAGCGUAUUUUGUCUGACCGGCGCAUUACUGGCAAUACCAGCUACAACUCAUUCUAAUGAGACUGGCUGCACCAGCAGUGCAAUAAAGAAACUGCAAGCUUCUCUAGACGACCAAACUCGUUUACUGCGAUGCCUUCUUGCGGGAGACAACAACAGCCCCGUUUGUGCAAGCGCUGUGACAUAUGGAACUAGAGCUCAUCCAGCUAGAAGUUGUGCUGAUCUAUUGAGGCGAAGCAAGAAAACUCCGAGUGGUUAUUAUUGGGUAAAGCCAAUUUCAACAGGAAAUGACGUUUUUCAUGUUUACUGUGACAUGACCAAUUACGGUGGUGGUUGGACUCUAGUUGUUGGUAUUAAUUCUCAAAAUCGUCUACAUCUUCAAGACGGUUCUGUGGGUACAAGAUGCAGAGGAGGAGAUGUUUGUGUGGUUCAUCGUACAAAUGGAGUGAUACCUGCUAGGAAAUUAGAUGACAGUAUUAUAAGAGCUCUCGCUGAUGAUGAAGGAACGUUUAGAGUUGACGUUGGUCCUAACAAAUUCACAACGUUUUUUCAACUUCCACAUGGUUCAGCAGGUUUUCAAUCUAAUUGCGGAGGAACGAGCUGCGCACGAAUAAUUACAUCUCACAGUUAUCCUUACAAAUGGGAGUCAAACUGCAAAGGAAUAACAGUUGGAUAUAAAAUAGCCAGCAGUUAUCACAAAGUAUUUGACACUCAUGACAAUAGAGAGUGCGGGUCUGCUUGGUCAUCUUCUCGUCACACCGACAAGCGCGUCUUAUACGGCUACACUGGUGGUGAUGGAGGACACACUGGUAUCUUCUCUAAACUGCAAGGCUUUAUGUACGUCCGCUGAACAAACUAAUUAUAAUUUAAUGCCGUUCAAGAAAAAACUGGUUUUACCUGUUUGUUGUUGCUCUUUAGUCUAUCUAUACUAUAAUAGUUUCUUGUUUUAUCUGUGCUGUACGUGUCUAGGAUGUUUUGCAAUCUAGGAGUGUCUAGACAACACUCGCUUGUCUUGUGA